GCACCCAUAAUUCCCUCCCCCACAGGCGGCCCUUUCCUCGGGGUCCCGCCUGGUACCAGGGCCCCCCUCAGCUGGGGGACUGCGCCUGGAAGCUGUCAUGGAGGCCCUGCAGAAGCAGCAGGCAGCUCGGCUGGCCCAGGGGGUGGGGCCAUUGGCCCCUGCACGCCCGCUGCUGCCACCGCGGCCUCCCCUGCCUGACCACCGGACCCUACAGGCCCCUGAGGGGGCCUUGGGGGAGGUUGGGGCUGAGGAAGAGGAAGAUGCUGAAGAAGAUGAGGAGAAGGGGGAGGAAGCCGGGGCAGAGGAGGAGGCAGCUGAGGAGAGCCGUCCAGGGGCCCAGGGCCCCAGCUCGCCUUCUAGCCAGCCCCCUGGACUCCAUCCCCAUGAGUGGACCUACGAGGAACAAUUCAAGCAGCUGUAUGAGCUCGAUGCAGACCCCAAGAGGAAGGAAUUUCUGGAUGACCUGUUUAGCUUCAUGCAAAAGAGGGGGACGCCAGUGAACCGCGUGCCCAUCAUGGCGAAGCAGGUGCUCGACCUGUACGCUCUGUUUCGCCUGGUGACCGCCAAGGGCGGCCUGGUGGAAGUCAUCAACCGCAAAGUGUGGCGGGAAGUCACGCGCGGCCUCAGCCUACCCACCACCAUCACCUCGGCCGCCUUCACUCUACGCACCCAGUACAUGAAAUAUCUGUACCCGUACGAGUGCGAGACUCGAGCGCUCAGCUCCCCAGGGGAGCUCCAGGCCGCCAUAGACAGUAAUCGGCGCGAGGGCCGUCGCCAGGCUUACACCGCUACUCCGCUCUUCGGCUUGGCAGGGCCGCCCCCUCGGGGCGCUCAGGGCCCAGCCUUGGGUCCCGGCCCGCCCCCUCCGGCGACCCAGCCCAGCCCCGGCCCCGCCCAGGGCUCCGCCUCCGGCCUGCCAGCGCACGCAUGCGCUCAGUUGAGUCCAAGCCCUAUUAAGAAAGAGGAGAGUGGAAUUCCAACCCCUCGCCUGGCACUGCCUGUGGGCCUGGCAUUGGGACCUACACGGGAGAAAUUGGCACCAGAGGAGCCCCCAGAGAAGAGAGCUGUGCUGAUGGGGCCUAUGGACCCACCUCGACCUGGCAUGCCCCCCAGUUUCCUGCCCCGUGGCAAGGUUCCCCUGAGGGAAGAGCGGCUGGAUGGGCCUCUUAAUCUGGCAGGCAGUGGCAUCAGCAGUAUCAACAUGGCCCUAGAGAUCAACGGGGUGGUCUACACUGGUGUCCUCUUUGCCCGCCGCCAGCCUGUGCCAGCUUCCCAGGGUCCAACCAACCCUGCACCCCCACCCUCCACAGGUCCCCCUUCCAGCACCUUGCCCUGAGAGGUCCUACUUGAAACUAAGAGUCCCAGCCCCAUUGCUGAGGAGGGAGGAGACCCUCUGCUUUGAUUCUUUCUGGCUGCCCACUCUGGGACCCAGCCCUGGGAGGGGACCACACCUCCCAUGCCAUGUGGACUUAAAACCAAAGUUUCUUUUGAUGUUACACCUACCUCAUUGUAAAGGGAGGGCACCUCCUCCCUGGCCAAUUCCGGCAGCAUCUACCAAAGGGUUCUUCCUCCAGUAACCCCCAUCAUCUCCUCAUGUGUCCCUUCUGUCAAUAUCAUCUCUAGGACCCUACCCUUUUGAGUCAGCCCUGCUUCUCUUCAGGAGCCAAGUGAAAGUCUGGGUUGGGGUACUGUGAAAGAGACAUCCCUCAGGUCACAUCUAGACAAUAAAGCUGUGAUCCCUCCCUC